AUGGUCUACUUCACAUACAGCCAAGUAGCUUUCGUCACUCUGUUGGCAUUCGCAGCCACUAUUUCAGGCGAACCGAUGGAUGCAGCUGAAAUUGAAAAUAGGAUAAAGAACAUUGAAAAAAAAUUAAAAAAUGAUGUUACAGACCUCAAAAAUUCUGAAGCGAGAUUACAAAGUUUAACAGACAAGAUUCUCAGUCAAAAUGCAAGCCUACGAGGAGAACUAGAAAAGUAUACGGACUGCGUGAAAACUGCAUACAAAUACAAGUGGGGAGCAAUCACAUAUAAAGAGAUCGCAGGAUAUCUCGACCUGAUUGAUGACGGAACAUUGGAUAAUGUGAUAGAUUGUUGCCUACAAGAAGAGUCAACAUAUCUUGAAAAACAAAAGGCGUUCCCUGUAAACAAAUGUCACGGAAAUCUAGCUUCGGCAAAUCAAGAAGAUCUACAGCAACUGAAACUUGAAAUCGAAGCAUUAUACUUCUCCAACUCCUGGUAUAGUAGUGAAAUUUUUUACGAGAACAUUUACACAAUUAAGUUGAAGAUGUUGACAGGAAAGUGAAGAGAAGAACCAGGAUGAAUGUCAAAGUCGGCGUACUACUCAAUACAUGUAGAUUGUAGAAACUUUCGUAAAUAUUUUCUUUUGAAUUAAAUAAAUUAAGUAAAUCAAUUAUCUGCUA